AUGGCUCGUGGAGCAGAAACCACGUCAACAAAGACCGAAAAGGGGAGCAUCGCUCCGGAGGCCCGAUCCUUGAAACAGGAGGAAGCACCUAAAGAAUCUGCCAAAAUCGAGGUUCCAGAAGCACCCAAACAAACCAGGGUGCCUGAUGCCAUCCAGAAGAAAUUGGAGGCCGAGAAACAGAAGAGCCCCCAGCCCAGCAGAUUGGCGCAGGAAUUGCGCAGUUACCAGGCCAAAAGAAAGAGGCAUUCGAUGGACAUAUAUGUCCAGAUCACGGUCUGGACUCAGGGAAAACGCGCGGAGUCAAGGCUCUACUUGAUAGUGGUUGUGGUACCUGUUGCAUUGAUACCGACUAUGCACGGGCAGAAAAACUGGAUAUCCAACAACUCCCCCAACCCAUAG